GUGCGCACACACACUCACACAUACAAAUGCAAAUGUUGUGCGCCCCGAGGAUAUAUUGCCCGGUAGCUGGUUAUCAAUAAUAAUUCUUUUUGGCCGGUUCCAAAAGGAACAACCAACCACUGUGUGACAAAAGCACUGUGCCAUUUUGGAUAAAAUUGGAAACUGAACACAGCGUACCACAAUGUUGGAUCGAUGUGAAAUGCCGAUACAACUGGACAACGAGAAGCUGCGACGCGACGUGCGUCUGUCCAGCUCCAGGAUGGAUCUCCCACAAUUGUGCAAUGUGACUCGUCGCCUUGAUAGCCACAUCAAUAACAACAACAACAACAGCAAUCAUGUGAAUGAGACAACAACCACGCUGAAUGGAAGCAACGGCAGCAGCAGCAACAACAACAACCUUGGCUCUCCGGUCUCAUGCUCCACCACAAACAGCAAUAGCGGCAAUGAGAGGGGCUCCUCGACCAAAUCAAACAGCAGCAGCGGCAGCUCCGGCAACUCGGCGAGCAGCACAGGAAGCGCCGAACUUAAGUGCAGCACGCCCAUGACACCAUCAGAGCUGGUUAAGAAAUAUCGCAACUACUUGACCGAUCUGGAAUUUGAGGAGCUUAAGGUGUACAAGGAGGUCUGGUACUUUGGUCAGCAUGCCAGUAAGAACUACAACAAGCCCGCCCCCACAGCCAAUACCACUAAUAUGGGCUAUGACGAUGAUAACGGCAACUAUAAAAUCAUUGAACAUGACCAUAUAGCCUUUCGCUAUGAAAUAUUAGAAGUCAUUGGCAAGGGCAGCUUUGGUCAGGUUAUCAGAGCAUUAGAUCAUAAGACCAAUACUCAUGUGGCCAUAAAAAUCAUAAGGAAUAAGAAGCGUUUCCUUAACCAGGCUGUCGUUGAGCUCAAUAUUCUGGAUGAGUUACGCGAAAAGGAUGCCGAUGGAUCUCAUAAUGUUAUACACAUGCUGGACUACACAUAUUUUCGUAGACAUUUAUGCAUUACAUUCGAGCUAAUGAGUCUCAAUCUCUACGAGCUGAUUAAGAAGAAUAAUUACAAUGGUUUCAGCAUGAGUCUUAUAAGACGCUUCUGCAAUUCGAUUGUUAAAUGCCUGCGAUUGCUCUACAAAGAGAAUAUCAUCCACUGUGAUCUCAAGCCGGAAAACAUUUUGCUUAAACAGCGCGGCAGCAGCUCCAUUAAAGUCAUCGAUUUUGGGAGCUCGUGUUAUGUAGACAGAAAAAUCUAUACGUACAUUCAAUCGAGGUUCUAUCGGUCCCCGGAGGUGAUACUGGGCCUGCAAUAUGGCACUGCCAUUGACAUGUGGAGCUUGGGAUGCAUAUUGGCCGAGUUGUACACGGGAUUUCCACUGUUCCCGGGAGAGAAUGAGGUGGAGCAGUUGGCCUGCAUUAUGGAGGUGCUGGGACUGCCACCAAAGGUGCUAAUCUCUGUGGCAAGACGUCGCCGAUUGUUCUUCGAUUCGCGUGAUGCGCCGCGUUGUAUAACCAACACGAAGGGUCGCAAAAGAGCGCCUGGCAGCAAGUCGCUAUCACAGAUUCUGCAUUGUCAGGACCGCUAUUUUAUAGACUUUUUGCAGCGCUGCUUGGAAUGGGAUCCAGCGGAGCGUAUGACUCCCGACGAGGCGGCCCAUCAUGAGUUCCUGCAGCCUUCAACAACAAGUCGCCAUCGCAGCUGCCGGAUGUCAACAAGUUCUUCCAGCUCAGGGCUCAACAGCGUCUCCCAAAAGUCUUCCUGCUACAACUUUGCAGAGAUCUCACCCGGCAGCGGAGGUCCAGUGGUGGCAUCCAUAACAAGCACCACCGCGGUAAGCAAUGCGGCCAUCACAACCAAGUCCAGCUCCAGUUCUCGUCAGCCACACAGCCAGAAUCCGAGUCAGAGUCAGGGCCAGAGCCAUGCCCAGUCCAAUGGACACCUGCCAGACAUAAAGCUCAGCGCCAGUGACAAAUAUAAUAGCAUGCAGAAGGUUGCAGUUCGCUCAAAGAUCACGUCGAGCGUCUCGGAUCUGGAAUCGGUGCAGCAGUAUUCCUUGCAUCGCAUCUACGGUGGUGUUGGAAGAGGCAGCACACAACACGUCUCAUCGGCGGCUACCAGGAAGCAUCUAAAUGGUGGAACUGGGGUGAACACAUCUAGCAAAUACGGCAGCUCCACGUUGGCGCACAAUCAUUACAAUAUGACACAUCACAAUGCCUCCACGGCGACCAUUGCGACUGCAACUCACCAUCACCAUCAUCAUCAUGGCGUUGGACAAACACAAGUGGGAGCAGGGGGCGCCACAAAUGUGGCAAUGUCACACUCACAGUCCACCGGUGAUGUUUCGGAUCGGGCCAUCUUUGGGCGGGCUUGACUUCGAGCCCGGCCAACAAAGCUGGAGCUCAAGAAGUGCAAAUUGGUUAAUAUGAUGGACUUUUGGAGCUAGAAGUGGCGUCCACAGCAAUGCGCUGCCCUGCAGGAGGAGGACGAGGCGAAGACCUCUGGCCCCGCCUAGUUCUAACUAUAAAUGUUAUAUAGGAUAUGUAUGUGUAGGUUUGUAAGUGUAUGUAUUUCUGUCCCGGUCCUGUUAGUGUGAGCGCAAUGCUGUUCGGUACUCGUAUCUCCCCAGCCUCAGCUCGAAACCACGAAA